AUGAUCACACAUAAACGACUCAACAGACAGCAGGCUACUUAUUGUGGCAAUAAAACUUUUUUUGAUUCUAAUUCUGAAUUCCGACAUUUACAAGGAGCACCUAAAGCAUCACGUCCAAUACCUUCUCCUGUGUGGGAUGAAUGGUGCGUACAGGAACGCCCCCAUCUCCCUCUGCGAGCCAAUGGGAUCCAUCCUGGGAACACGCGUUUCUACGACACACUACUGCUGCUAACUUUGGUCCCAGUUUCUUAUCUGUCAUUUGCACUGGAUCAUUUAGAGAUCAUGGCUAUCCGUGUAUUAGAAAUACUCUUUUUCUUCUAUUUUGCCUCUCACAUUCCUAUCACAUUAUUUAUUGACUUGCAAGCCCUGCUACCUGGACAUGUGUAUCCUCAGCCGCUGAAAGAUCUUAUGAAGUGGUAUGCAUCGGAGUUCAAAGACCCUAUGGUGCUGGAUCCGCCACAAUGGUUUAAAUCUUUUAUUUUCUGCGAGGCUUUGUUUCAAACGCCUUUCUUUCCCGUUGCAGCGUAUGCUUUCCUAAAAGGUGGCUGUAAGUGGAUCAGGACUCCUGCCAUCCUGUAUGCCACACAUGUGGCCACCACCCUGGUCCCGAUUCUAGCUCACAUCCUCUUUCAUCAGUUCCCUAUGACACCCCACCCUGGUCCCCAGACCAUGCAGGAGCGCUGGCUGCUGGUCUCCAUAUACUUUCCAUACCUGCUGGUGCCUGUGCUGCUGCUCCUCACCAUGUUGCUGUCCUCCACAUACAACCCCACCUCCAAGUCUGGACACAAGCCAGCCAAAUCCAAGAAGAAGAACUGACUCAUUAUGACCAGAGCUUUCUAAUUUACUCUGAUUUUAAGAUGUGUUUUUCUACAUUUCUGAAUGUACCAUAUGUUAUGUACAUACUGUAUAUCUGUGAGGCUGUGAAUCAGUCUGUAUUGCUAUUAUUGGAGGAAAUGGCCAUUGUUAAACCAGCCAGAAUAAGCCCUUUUAAUGUUAUUCUUUAAUAGUAAAUUUCAAAUUGUUUGUUGAA